AUGGAUCCGUUCCUCACUCUGCUGAACGCUUUCUCCUCGAGCUUGUCGGAGCCUGAGCUUGCGGCCCUGAAGUUUCUCUGCCGGGGGGAAGUAACGAAAAGGAAGCUUGAAUCUGUCCAAAGUGGUAGGGAUCUCUUCGGCUUCCUCCUCGAGCAGCAGCUAAUUGCAAGCGACAAGGUGUCGUUUCUUGAAGAAUUGCUUAAGAACAUUAAAAGAGAAGAUUUGGUCUCACAGCUAAAGCAGUUCGUGGAGGAAGGCGGAGUUACUGCUCCUGAUGAUCAACCAGAUGUGCAUGAAAAACGUCUUCAGAAGGCAGCUAUUGAAAUCAUAUGUGAUAAUGUUGGGAGAGACUGGAAAAUGCUGAUGCGAAAACUUGACGUUUCUGAAGUGAAAUUGGAAAGAAUAGUGGCAGCCAAUCCAUUUAACUUGCACGAACAGUUGCUUCAGUCCCUUCGAGAGUGGCAGAAAUGGAAGGGAAGAGAGGCGAAGGUGGCUGACUUAAUAAAAGCUCUUCGGGCCUGUAAUAUGAAUUUGGUGGCAGACAAAGUUGAAAAUAAAGUCCUGCAACUGAACACUGGAACCAGGUGA